AAAGUACCACAGGUUUAACGUUAGCCAACAUGCUAACUAGCUAAGAAGCGUCAUCAAACGCUAACCGUUAGCUAGCUAUGUCAGUUCACUAGCCCACUGAAACAAGCUAACCAACAGACACUACACAUGUUUCGGUGUUUUUUUAUAGUUUUACUUUUUUACAGUGCGAUUUGAAUUGCCAUGUAUCAAUAUAACGGUGUUGUUAAUAAGAAAGUAACGUUAGCUAAUUUAGCUAGCUACGGAGGACGCUGAUAAUAAACACAGGUGUUUGGAGGCACUGGAUCUAAAUGAUCUGUGAAAACUUGUGAGCAUUACACUUUACUUAAAAGGCCGCCAAGAUGUCAUUUUUAUUCGACUGGAUCUACAGGGGGUUUAGUAAUGUUUUACAGUUCUUAGGUCUGUACAAAAAGUCAGGGAAGCUGGUUUUCCUGGGCCUGGACAAUGCUGGUAAAACAACACUCCUACACAUGUUGAAAGAUGACCGACUUGGCCAACACGUGCCAACGCUGCAUCCAACUUCUGAAGAGCUGUCAAUUGGUGGGAUGACCUUUACUACAUUUGAUCUGGGGGGACAUGUACAAGCUCGAAGAGUGUGGAAGAACUACCUGCCAGCUGUGAAUGGAGUCGUCUUUCUUGUAGACUGUGCAGACCACGACAGACUCUCAGAAUCCAAGAUUGAACUCGAUGCUCUCCUGGGGGACGAGACCAUAGUCAAUGUACCAGUGUUGGUGUUGGGUAAUAAAAUUGACCGCCCUGACGCCAUCAGCGAAGGAGGACUGAGAGGAGCUUUUGCUCUUGAUGGUCAAGUUACCGGAAAGGGAAAUGUCUCUUUAAAGGAGCUGAACGCCCGGCCGCUGGAGAUUUUCAUGUGCAGCGUGUUGAAAAGACAAGGCUACGGGGAAGGUUUCAGAUGGUUAUCGCAGUACAUCGACUGACAUGCAGCACUGAAGCUUAACCGGAAGGGGUUGUCUUGACACAUAUUUUUUUUGAAGCAUGACAAAGACUCUGUCUCUUUGUCGGUGUCAAUCAGCCCCCAAAUUUCAAACUAUAUUAUUUAUAAGAACGUAUUCUUUUUAAUGCUUUAUUCCGGAUUUAAAGGUUUCUAUGCAAACUUUUAAAGUGGUUCAUGGUGAACUGUCUUACCUGUGUUAUUAAUGUGAGAAUUAACUGAGUUGUCUAACUCCAUGGCCAGUUAAUUAGGUUACAGCCAAAGGUUUCAUACCUUAAUUACAAAACACGAGCAGAUAUAUACAUUAUGCAAGAAUUUAGACACGUACACAUUAGUUUUGCAUUAUUUAAUAUGGAAUAACUAUCCACUCUAGUUGGAAUUUAUUAGGAAGCAAGUGAUAUAAAUUAAGGAUUUGUGAGAUUGUUUGGGUAGCUGACAUCAAGUUCAGGUUUUGAAAUCUAUACAUCUAAAUAAAGAUGAUUCAUUUAAGUUUGUUUUAUGUAAUGUCACGCAGCCACUGCCUUCAAAGCAUAUAGCCAAAGAUGUAUGCUAAUGCAUUUGGGUUAAGCAGGGAGAGAGAUUGGAUUUCAACAAAAGACAUCUUCCAUGCUGAGCACUGAGCCAAAAUAACAUCAUCCCCAAUCCCCUUCAGAAACCAAAAAGGAGAAGAGACAGCAUGUCCCACAGAUAAAUCCCAAAGAUUCAAUGAUAAUGAUUUAAAGAUGAUGAGUAAGCUGAGCCUCAUCACUGACGGGUGUGCUGUGAAUAAUGUCUUAUCACUUUCAGACACUUGAUGGAAUUGGCUUGUUUAUUUCUGCGUCCUUUCUUAUUUGUUGACCCAAAGUGAUUUCACAUUUUGAAGGCAGCUAAUAAAAUAAAUUAUUCUUGAUUAUCUUUGUCUUUUAAGUGUUUAGAACAGAACUCAAAGAUAAAAUGUUCUAACCGAAUGAUGACGUUCAAUGGCUGCCCUUGCUUUUAUUAUGUCCUGAAGGCUGUAAUAACGCGUUGCACUUAAAAUGUCGGCAAGCAAUAAAGUAGAAUGACCAACUGUACUGUAGCAGAGACAAUCUUACUCCUCUGUAUUUGAGAGUAGGACAUAGUGUAUGUAGUUCUGAGACUGUUAAUUGAAAUGUAUCAAUAAUAUUCAUUUUGUUGGUGGUUAUUUAUUAAUUUAAUCUAGAUCCUGAGGAAUAUCUCAACAUGUAGGCUGUGCAACAGUGGUAGAGUGCUGCAGGUAAUGUACUUUUUGACUAUCUAGGAAGAUAUGAGAGUGCACUUGCAAAUGUUACAUGUGCUAACCUGUAAUUUAAUAUUCUAAUCUCAUACUGGAUGCUAGAGUUCAUACAUUCUUACAAUGGCCUGUGCAAAUUUUAGAAGCUGGAAAUAGAUAAUGGGAAACAAACAUUUAAUCAUUGUACCCCAUUUACUGUUUCCUGCAUCCUAUGUUUACAGGGUAAUAUUUUGAAUAUUCUGCUUAUUAAAAUAUGCAGGGAUGUUUGUGACUGAGAUAAAAAAAGAUAAAUAUGAAGCAGAUUUUUUCUUUUACAGGGAAUCUUAAGUGUUGCAUGUAAAGAAACUGCUUUUCCUUUGAACAGUGUUGUGUACCAGUCUCCUAACUCCUGUAAAUGAUGUAUAUUACAGAUGUAAAUGUUUGUACAGUAACUGCCUAUUAGCUGACAAUAAUAAAUCACUGGAGCUAUUUAUAACUGAUUGACUUAAAAUAAAUGUUGCAGCGUUUAUCUGUGUGAAUAAUUUAAACAUGACAACAUGCAUACAUAAAGAUAGAUCUAUUUGAUGAGUGAAUCACAUCUUGUAAUAAAACCAACUUUUUUUUUGACUCAA